AUGAAGAAUGGAAAGAUAGCAGCCACAGUACACAAAGUCAGUUUGACAGCUGACAUAAUCAAGAAGCUGUAUGAAAAACGCGAGCUUCAUGAUGUUGAUACACAAAGUCCACGGGCUUCGCUUCAAACGGCUUGGUUUCAAAUUUCCAUCUACUUCGGAAAACGUGGUAGAGAAAACCAAAGUUCAUUGAAGAAAUCAAUGCUAUGUCUAGUCAAAACCGCAGACAGCCACAAGUACUUCAAGUUGAACAGAGGCGAACCCGGCACUGUUCUCACGAGCAAAAAUCACACAGGAGGUAGAUGGCUCCAAUGUUAAAAUAUGUUUGCAAUCCAGUUCUACACGUUGCCCUGUCUAAAUCCUUAAAACCUACUUGAUUCAUCUUAAUCCAAAUAUUUCCCUGUUAUUCUAAAUGAAUAUAAACAAGUUGCACCAAAAAUUUGCUUUUCAGAAUGGUUUGCUUUACUCCUGGUAAACGACCAUCCCAUCUGCAGCAACCCACAGAUUUAUCCCCCACAUAGUAGGCCAGGGGUGGAAAAUUUUUUUUUUCUUUCUGGGAACCUGAGUCAAAGGCUAGAAAUUUUCUGUGAAAUUUGCAAUGUUACAAUUACAGAGAUGACAAAAGAAAUGCAUAAUUAUUGUAUUAUUUGUACUUUAAUAAUAAUAGGCUUUACACUGGUUUUUGUAUGCUCGUACAUCGCAAUGGUCGUCUGGUAUAUAGUCUGAGUGAGUGUCUAUAUUAAAUUAAUUUAUUCUACUUAAAUCUAACCUCAUGAGUAUUAUUUACCCUUGCAUAUUCUAAACAUAGUUUCAUAUUAAUCUGACACUGCAAUCAACCAACAAAAAAAUUUGUUGGCUCGAGUGGGAUUUGAACUCACAUCUUCGGGUAUCCAGACCGCUGCUCUACCUAUUGAGUUAUCGAGUCAACAGGGAUUGGUAGCGAGUCUUAUCCAAUUUAAGUGCAUGAAAUACUUUUGUGAUGACUUAGCGCUUGUCUUAGAGGACGUGCAGUGUUUCAAUUCCAUUUCAGAAUUGUGCAUCCUCCAAGACAAGUGUUAAGUCGUCACAAAAAUAUUUUGUGAACUUAAAUUGGAUAAGACUUGCUACCAAUCCCUGUUGACUCGAUAGCUCAACAGGUAGAGCGGCGGUCUAGAUACCCGAAGAUGUGAGGUCAAAUCCUGCUAGAGCCAACAAAUUUUUCGUUGGUCGAUUGCAGUAUCAGAUUAAUAUGAAACUAGUUUUUCAUAUCGCUGAGGAUGGUUCUGAAAUAUUCUAAACAUAUCGAAACUCUUUGGUCCUUCGUUAAAUGAGGCGUAUUUAUAAAAAAAAACGCAUGACAUUUCUUUCUUAGAAUUUGAUUUUCAUGCAGGGUCAUUGAAUAUUUGGAAUAAAUCUUUUAAUCAAAAUCACGUCAUAAUUUUAUUUUAUAUUUACGACAAAAUGGUAACUGUUAUCAAAUUAGUUUAUAACAGCUUUUAGUUUUUAAGUUAAAAAAUCAAACAAGGCAGCUCUUUUUUGUGCCACCCGGUAGUAUUAUAGCAGUAUAAUAAUAGCAGUAUAAUAAUAGCAUUAUAGCAUUGGGACUUGUUUACUAUUUAAUUUGCAUUUUAUUGGAGACUUUUCAGAGCAUAUAUUCACCAUUUUACCUCAUGAUUAUGAUGAAUUAAUUUCUGUCCAAUAUUAAAAGGCUGCUGAUGUUAGUGUGUACACUGUACAGUGUAAAUAAAGUAGAGUAAACAGAGUUAUCUCAAAAUGUUGAAAUAUUUUCUGGAAAAUUUUCUGUGAAACUCUCACUCAAAAAAAUUUCUGGGAACCUAAGGUUCCGAUACUUUUCCACCCCUGUAGUAGGCCAUCUUUCAUGAACUGGCUAAUCCCCAACCUAUUUCUAGAUUUGACAGUGUGUUUGUCAACAACAAUAUUCUGUGACGGCUGGUACAGUUGUUGAUGAUGUUUAUUGCUGUAGCCUUUAGUGACAGGAUCUACCAUAUUCACAAACGCCAUAAGCGCCCUGUACCUAACCCGAGAAAUUAUUUCCAUUGCCCACAGACCAUGAAUAUAAGGUUUUUACACUCCAAUAAUUUUCAAUCUCACUGUCGACUUUAUAUACUAAAAGGCAAUCAACCUCUCAAGGUUGGUGGACUGCAAGACCCUUCUUUAUAGUAGUAUAUGGGGAUAACUUUUGAGUUAUUUGUAUGUGGGCAUAUGUAUUGGUAUGGCCAGGAAACUACCUCCUGAAGCAUCCCUUAGUAAAAAAGUGCUGAAUGAACUCAAGCUCACAGUUCAUACUUCAGACGAAAGCUUGAUUGAAAUGGAUCCCGGACAUGUCAGUGAGGGGCAAAAUCUGGGAUAAUAUUCCUAGUGUCAGGAUCAUCAGAUCCAUUAUGUACUAUGGGACCUAGUGGGGGGGUGCUAGACAGGGAGCUUUCGAAACCUUGGGUUCUAAUGGCUGGGCUUCCCUCUACUUCCACUCAUCCCUCUACUUUCCCUCUGGGUGGGGAAGUGGGGUUCUCAUGACUCAUCAGAACUGCUACUUCCCUGAGGCUAUAAAACAGGAACAGCAGAUAGGAACAAGAUCAAUAUAUUCAUCAGUGCAAAUAAAAACUUUUUUAUAGAUAUAAUUUACAUGCUGCCACUUAAAAUUAUAAUAAGAGCCAAACUAGUAAGAUAUAAGUAUGAAUACUUGGCUAUUAUGUACAGUAUGUAACAAACAACCAAACAUGUGCUCAAGGCUCAUUUUACUUCGCCUAGGAAUCAGAGAUUUUUAUGCCUAAAACACCAUUCAUUUUCGUCAACAAUAUAAAUAAAUACCAUUUAUGUUUGUCAAUUUCAGUAUGAAACGAUUAUUUCAACACAAAAAAGCGAUAUGAGGACAUACUUGGUCGUACUAGUGAAGUAUACUAAAUACAAAUAAAUUUACAAUGCCAUGGCAACGGCAAAACAUUGAAAUAGAAAUUGUCUGGAAAUGAUAAAAAUACUUGCCUUGAAACUCCAGACACGACUCCCAAUGCCAGGUUGAGAUACUUGUCUUCAUAUGAAGACAUUCCAUCAUUACUAGCACUAUCAGUUUGCAAAAUAAAGCCAAAAUCGUCUUCAGAAUGCGAUUCAAACAAUACAAUUACAUUACAAUGCUCGUGCGCGAUCAGGAAAACUGCUCUAAAAGGUUUGUUUUUCUGCCUAAGCCAAUCGAAAUCCGUGUCUAGGGUAAACAAACACUCCGGAAGUGAUUUCUGCAGUCUUUUACCAGGAAACUGUAAUGCUUUACCAAGAAUUUGGCGUCCGAAGUUGGCCAAACACUUUCCGACCACGAGAAUCGCCAUAAUAGGCAUAGAUUAUUUUGCAAUUUCCCGAGACUGCUCUGAGCUAUAGAAUGAAAGACGGCGAUUUUUUUGUAUAUUUGUCUUUAUUAUACGUUGAAAAGAAGCAACGAUACAAGCAUUUGAAUCAGGCGGAACAUUCAAAAUGCAACAGCAAAAUUGAUAAUGCGUCAUUUACAUAAAUUUCACCGCAUUGAUGAUUUCAAGGUAAGAAAUUCGCUUGAAAUUGAGCGAGAAACAGUAAAAUUAUAUCAAUAUUUCGGAAUAUAUAGUAUAGAUCAAGCGAAUUUUUUUUGGUGGUAUUUUCGUAUUUCCACUGCAAAUACUCGCAGAGUUCUUUAAUAUUUAAUCUUCCCGUCAUAUACAUCGGAAAUUAAUAUUGACGGAUUGAAUUGAGUUAAAGAAAGUUGUUUGCACAAAUGCAGAGAAUGUGACAGAGUCGAUCAAGAAAACUUUGAAGGAUUAUGGUGGGUUCACCACUGAUGCAAAUGUUUACAACAAAAUAAUGGUUGGAUUUGGAGCUGACGGGGCAAGUGUAAACAUGGGGUGUCAUAACGAAAUUGGUGUCAGAUUGCAGUUGCCUUCAAGCAGGUUAUCCAAGAAAAUGUAUCCCAGAUGAAAGUCCUUACUUUCCUGGAAAGUGUUUACAAAUUUUACCGGAGUAAUUUACCUUAAAACGAAGUAUGCUCAGGCAAAGUUCUGCCAGCGCUACAUGGAUUCCACAUACCUACACAGCCCUGGUGAAUUUCUGGAAGCUGUACCUGUGGCAGCACUUUGAACAGGUAAUAAUAAAAGUAAAUAGUAUGAUUUCUAAGACUAUAGUGCAAAUAGCUGUUGAUUUAUUUUCUUCUCAAUCAAUUUUGAUAUAGUUGCAGGUUGACACACACUCACCUGAUGCUUCAGCAAAGGCUAAAAGCUUCCUUCAGAAAAUUCAAAAGCCUGAAUUUCUGAAAGAUGCUGCGAUGACGACAGACAUAUGCACCUGUCUGAAGAAACUAUCACUAUUUCUACAGAAAGCAGAAUGUAACAUUGCAGAUUGCUCAAUAUUUAUUAUUAUUAUUUACUAUUUUAAUUUUGUAGCUAUGGUGGUAUCCCGAAAGAACAUUGGCAAGGUGUUGGACUGGGAGCAAAUUAACAUUGCUUUUGGUGAUACUGAUCCACACCUCCUUCUUCUUGUAGAUCUUCUCCUUACCAUCCCAGCACAUUCUGCUGAGUGCGAAAGGGGAUUUUCUUUGGUGAAAUUGGUCAAGUCAGAUUGGACGAAUUCUUUGACAGAUGAAGCUGUAACUGAUAUAAGGGACUGGUCAUAAAGUAACUGCUAGGGUGGGCUGGAGGUAAAUCACAAAUUUUGCCAAUAAGUUUGGUGACCCAUCUUAGAUGUAGAUAAAAAUUUCAAAGCCCAUCCAAUCUUACCAAAUUUAUUUCAUGACCCACCCACCCAAUCUAAAUUGGGAAAAUACACUUUUAUAAUGAAAAAAACUUGCAGGUAUGAACAUAUAUCAAUACAGUGCCGGUGUAUAUCUUUAUUUUUGUAUCUGCGAAGCAGAUUAGUAUUAACGUUACCCAUAGCCAUUCAGCGACAAGCUUAUGUAAUUAAGCCAAUCAGCAAUUAGCUUACAUCAAUUGUUUACAUCGUGCUCGCACAAAACCUGCGAAUGGGCGUGGUUUGGCCUCGUGUUGCGUGUAAGUCGUGUACUCGUGUUAUUCUUUGCCAUAUUUUGGCUUCAAAUUGUCUUGAUUAGUUCAUUUUACCUUGAAUUGGCUGUCUUGUUUUCACCAUUCUACUUGUGAUAUUAUUUGAAGUUAUCUAUCAACAUGGAAACAUAUCCUUAUCGGGUAAGUAGCCAAAUACCACAUAUUUUAUUACAUACAUUUAUACAGUAUAAAAACAAUCAUUGUGUAUAAAUACUUUAAACAGUCAAAACUCUGGCUGCAGGCAUUAUAUUGCCAAUUAACAAUAUCACAAGAAACUAAUGUUCUCAGGAGAUAUUGAAUUAAAUCCUGGUUCUGUAACUCUGUUCAAACGUACAACAGUCCAACUAAAUUGUCAUCAAGUGUAGUGAGCAAAAGUAAAGAUGUCAUAAGUUGUAUUUUUCGCAGUUGUUCCUGGUUAGUCUUAAAAUGUAUAUAUUCUCACUUGGAUUACAAACCCUAACAUUCUAACAUUAAUUCCACCAAGUGAAGUGCAAGAAUCCAUCAUUGAAGUCCAUCUUAUCACAACCCGCACACCCGAUUACUUAUAUACACAUGAACUUACGGUUACAGCUUAACAGCUGGCCUCUGUAGCUCGGUUGGAGCGCUGCACCAGAAUCACAGGGCCGUAGGUUAAUUUCCUACCAGAGGAGCUUGUGCUGCAUUUUUCGCAGUUGUUGCUGGUUAAGUCUUAAAAUGUAUAUAUUCUCACUUGGAUUACAAACCCUAACAUUCUAAUAAAAGAAUCCCCACCCUCCCUCCUCAUUACAUUGUCAUUUUGCUUUCUAAUAUAAAUAUUUUUGUUUAGAAAAGUAUAAUCUACAUUGAAAAGUAUAAUCUAUCUGCAGUGAGAAACAAGAAAAAAACAGAGAAAGUCAGUGCUAUCGUCCAUCAUUUACAAUAUGCUGUUUCUGCAAGUGAAAGUGGUGAAGACCUGGUUUUAGAAGAAAUAGGAAAGUCAAGUGAUCAGCAGUCAGGAUCAGAUACAAUUUGA